AUGGUCGGCGCUGUCUGCACUGCGCCUGGAGUCUCAGCAACAUUCAAGUCGCUACCGGCAUCAACGGCAGCAACAGCGGCAGUCGCAGAAACGGCUAGGGCAUCCAGGGCCUUAAAUAACAGCCAAACUCCACGAAGUGAGGCUUUUUGUGGUGCCACUCGUUCCGAGGGUCACUGUAUGUCGCUGCGGCUGCAGGACGGCGGAAGCACCUGCAGCACGACAUACAGUGACCAACGCAUGAGCAAAAGCGGAAACAAGCACGUUUGGCGCCGUGGAUUCGCAAUAGCAGUCAAAAAGCCACUGCCCAGAGAGGCUUUAUUGGGGGACGACAAUGAAGAUGCAGCGACAGAUACGGCAGGAUCUGUAGCAGGGAGGGAAGAUGCCGCUGGGCUGAUUCUGAUGCGCUGCAGCGAGCACCCAUCUUUUUACCUCCACGCUGACCCUUCUACGGUUUCUAGACUACAGCAUGUCAGGGCAAGACGCAAUGCAAUUGCUGCUUCUGCGGACCCUUCAACAGCAGCAGCAGCGGCAGCAACAGACUGCAUAGGGCUGCGAGUAACCGUUUCUGGUGGUGGAUGCAGCGGCUACAAAUACUCCUUUUCAGUUGUAACACGUGAAGAAGCCGAACGAGACGGGGACUUGAUCUUUACGUCCGCAGGAAGCGGCUCGGAAGGCGACAGUCAAGACGCAACACACGACCCUGGCGACAGGAGCAGCACCACCCGUAGUAAGAACAACAACAACAAUGGCGAGAGUCUGCAAAGCAGCGUCAACUACGUGGCAGAGUCGUGGUUCGUAUGCGUGCCUCCUCGAGCACUGUAUCUGCUGGAAAAAGGCAGCAUGCUGUCAUUUGAGUCGUCUUUGGGGGGCGCCUCAUUCGUACUCAAAGGGAACCGCAAAGCCACGAGCAUUUGCAGCUGCGGUCACUCUUUCGGCAUUGACGCCCCCUUCUGA